AUGCGACAAGAUAUACAAUGCCUCCGCGGCCUCGCUAUAAUUUUUGUGCUGAGUUUCCACCUAUCCCCUAAUUUAUUUGUCAAUGGUUACCUUGGUGUUGAUAUAUUCUUUGUCAUCUCCGGAUUCCUUAUGGCUAAAAAUUUGACGAACCUAAACUUGCUGGAUGUACAUGACUUCUUAAAGUUCUAUUAUAAAAGGUUCCGAAGAAUUCUCCCCCUAUACUACCUUUCGAUUUUCAUAAUUGUUAUCAUGGUUCAUUUAUAUCUGCCAGAUUUUCUAUGGACGAAUAACAACAGAUACUCCUUGGCUUCCUUGUUCCUGAUAACUAACCAACUUGUUAUUCAUGACCAAGGGGAUUAUUUCACAGAGCUAAUUGCUGUCACACUCAUCACUAUCUUUGGGUUCAUCGGUUUUGCAAUCAUCCUCGACAAGUUUGCCUUCAAUUUCCUAUUCCUCCGGUUAUGGCAGUUUUCUGCUGGGUUCAUUGCACUAUUCUAUAUCAAAAUAAGGAAAACGAGACUACUUCCUAAGAAAUCUGAAACCCCUGAUGAAGGAAAAUAUAAAUUCACUAGUCCUAUCAACCAGCAUGAUCUCGUUAUCAGUGCUCUCUCUAUUCUUGCUCUUUGUAUGCUGCCAAAUGUGAUACCAAAGUUAAUUCUGAGACCAUUGGUUACCCUGGCCACAUCACUAAUAAUUGGAUGUCAAUCUCAGGAUUUACGGAUCUUAAACUCCAAAACGCUGAGCUACAUUGGGGGUAUCUCUUAUGUGUUGUAUUUGGUCCACUGGCCAGUCAUCUCUAUUUUCCUGACAGCUACAGUUAACAGUUAUCUGUUUUGUAUUGUCCUAAUCUUCAUACUAUCCAUAGUUCUUCAUCAUCUUUUCGAGAAACAAUAUCUGAAACUAGAAAUGAAAGGAAUUUUCCCUUUGGUUCUCCUGCUUAUCGCAACCAAUGCAUAUCUACAAUAUAGCAUUCGAAAUGAUUCUUUCUGGAAGUAUCAAUACACACCGGAGCAGAAAUCAAUUAUUGAAAGAAACCAUGAGACCUAUGCGCCCUUGUAUGAUAUUGAAACAAGACAAAGCAAAUGUAUGGAAAAAGAUUUGGAGGUGGAGUUUGAAAAACAUUACCUGCUUGGAUAUUGUAGACUUCCGCCAGGUAAAAGAAACACUUCUGUAAUGCUGAUAGGGAACAGUUAUAUUCUUACGUUUGUGAAUCAAAUCGAGGAGCACUUCAAAUUGAAUUACUCAGAGUUUAGAUAUCUAUCUAUCAUUGGCAGCUACGGUUUCUUCGCAAGCAGUUGGAAAUUGUCACAUCAAGCGUUGGAGCUUUCAAGGAAACAAGUUGAAUUGCAUAAACCGGAUGUUCUUUUUGUGUUGCCGAGAUACAUGCAAGAUGCGAACUAUCCACUUGAAGAAAACGAUGAACUUGUAGAAGAAAUGAAUUCAAAUAUUGAGUUCUAUGAAAGAUUCACCAAAAGAAUAUAUAUACUGGAUGCCCUUCCUAAUUGGAGCGAAAACUUUCAAACGUUGUUUUUACAAAAUCUGAUUACACGCCUAGAUGAUAUGGAGCUCCUACACUUGAAUAAGAAGAAGGCGGAUCUAGAAAUGAAGAAUAUCAGGAGAAGGCUGAAAAUGAUAAAAUGCAACAAAUGCAAGGUGUUUGACUUAAGUCAUGUAUUUCUGGAGGACGAUAAGUAUCUGACAUUCGACAGGGACACUAUGCUAUCAUACAUUGAUAAUACGGUUCAUUUGAAUGCGGCAGGAGUCAGGCCCUGUGAUCCAGUUAUUAAGAAUUUGACUAGAGAGAUUAUGGAUAGUUUGUAG